UGAACAUCUACCUGUCAGCUGUAGGUACAAGUACUUUGGUUGGGAAGCUGUCAAACACGGUGAAUCUGGAUAGAAUAGCAAAGCCAGGAGCGGUAGUGAGAACUAUUUUAAUAAAUAUGAGUUUUAAUUCGCAAUCUCUAAUUAAUAGGUAAUCGCGACGCCUACCCCUAAAUUUGAGAAGAUAACAAAAACAAAACUGAUACCGGCAUCGUCGUAAAAUGAAUUCGAGAGAUAGAUCACUACAAGACAAAUUGAAAGUGCUCUUCAAAAAAGGUGCAUCGGCGCCGCUGCCGCCGCGCAAUGAGCUGGUGGUGAGCGGAGAGUUGGAGCGCGAGCUGGGUGCAGACGCGCCACUGCACCGACGGCUGCGCGCGCUCAAGGAGGUCGGUGAGAAGGCGAUCCACAUCCGAGUUCAAGAGGGUGGAGUUGAAAAGCUUUGGUCAUUGACAAGAGACCUGCUAGAAGACAGCAAUGUGGAGGCUCGACAUGCUGCACUGUGGUUCCUGCGGUGUCUGGCAGAGGGGCAGGCAGACUACCUGCAGAUCAUGCGCACAAUCUUGUUUCAUUACUUGCGGGACACUCAUGCUCGCCAUAGUCCUGAAGACACUCAACUACGGUUCAAAUUGCUGCACACACUCACCAACACAGGAAAGAAUAUUAAUUGCUUUGAGGAAGAGAUCGGACCGUUUCUGCUGGAGUGGCUGCCGCAGGUGCAGCCCGCCUCGCAGCUGGUGGAGUUCCUGCAGCUCAUUAUUAACGUCGUCAAGUACAACGCCACUUAUUUAGACGAGCACAUCGUACACGGGAUCGUCGAGUACGUAUCCGUCGACGUGGCCGCCGGCCCGUUGCCGCGCGGCGCGCACCGCGCCUUCGUGGCGGCGCUGUGCCGCACCGUGAACCUGGAGCAGCACUGCCAGGCCAGCUGGAAGCUCAUGCGCAGCGUGCUGGGCGCCGACAUGGGGCACGCGGCGCUGGCGCAGCUGGUGGCGCUGCUGCGCGCGCGCGGCGAGGCGGCGGGGCUGCAGCGCGGCGCCGUGUUCUACGUCAACAUGGCGCUGUGGGGCCCGCGCCGCGUGCCCACGCUGCGCGUGUCCCACCUCGCCGUGCUGCCCGCGCUCCUGAAGGCGCUGGAUGGCGACCAGCCGGUGGUGACGUACGAGGUCGUGGUCAGCCUGCACGGGGUCGUCGCGCGCGCGCCGCUCGAGCUCUGCGAGCCCGCCUGGGACGUGCUGCUGGCCAUCGUGCGCCGCGUGCUGCAGCAGGACCGCCACUACGAGCCGCCCAACGAGCUCAUCCACGACGGCGUGCACGCGCUCAUCACGAGCAUCGAGCAGCUGCAGGACGACUGGGCGGUGCUGGCGCGGCUGCUGCGCGCGCUGCCGGCGCUGCUGGCGGCGCGCGCGCUGGUGCUGGGGCGGCGCGCGCAGGACCUGGACCUGCUGGCGUCGACGCUGUGCGCCAUGGUGAGCGACCGGAGCCUGAACUUCCCCGAGUGCCUGCGCGCGCCGCAGCACAAGCUGCUGGUGUCGGAGUUCCAGGGCGCGGCGCUGCCGGCGCUGGCGGCGAUGGCGCCGUACCACGCCUACCUGGAGCCGCAGACGCAGCAGCGCAUAGUGCGCUGUCUGCUCAAGUACGGCAUGGUGCUGAGGACCCCGCAGCCGUACAUCAACGCGCUGACGAUAUUCACACUGGAGACCAGGGAGACCAUGGUGAAGAUGUUGCCGGAGGUGUUACUGGAUCUGUCCAAGAUCUCCGACACCAAGGCCAUCGCCAGCCCCAUGCUGGAGUUCCUGUCCACGCUGACGCGGCUGCCGAAGGUGUUCGCGUCGUUCGUGGAGGACCAGUACAUGUCGGUGUUCGCCAUCCUGCUCCCCUACACCAACCCGUCGCGCUACAACCACUACGUGGUGUCGCUGGCGCACCACGUCAUCGCCGCCUGGUUCCUCAAGUGCCGCCUGUCCUACCGCCGCAACUUCGUGCGCUUCAUCAUACACGCGGGCGGCCCGGCCAUGACGUGGCUGGUGGGCCACAAGCUGGUCACCAUCACGACGUCGGGCUGCCUGCAGAACUCGCUGAAGCAGGGCCUGUGCGAGCGCUGCGCCGCGCUGUGCCGCCAGCACGCCGACAGCGUGGCCGAGCCGCUGCCGCCGCUGGCGCCCGCACCGCCCGCACCGCCCGCACCGCCCGCACCGCCCGCACCGCCCGCACCGCCCGCACCGCCCGCACCGCCCGCACCGCCCGCACCGCCCGCACCGCCCGCACCGCCCGCACCGCCCGCACAGCCCGCCGACCUCGAGCGAAAAUUGAAUUAUCUCCCGCGACUAUGUCCCGGCGUGCGCAGUAGAGGUGGUCUCCCUUCCAGCCAAAACUCGUCGGAGAGCAAGAGCGCGGACCCGCUGGCGGCCGUGCUGCAGCAGUUCUCGGCGCACUUCGAGCGCGUGUCGAAGGACGUGGACGGCGACGAGGCGGGCUGGUCGCGCGUGGGCGAGCUGGCGGCGGCCGGGGCCUGUCCGUGCUGGUGCGCCAACUGGGCCGAGGUGCACGUGCGCUCGCCCACGGGCGACGUGUGCUGGGUGAUGCGCGUCCAGAACCAGCUCAACUGGGACUACCUGCUGGAGUCGCCGCUGCAGGACGUGGCCGCGCUGCUGGCGCCGCGCGCCGCCCGCCCCGCGGGCUCGGAUGGCGACCCGCGCUCCCGCAGUGGCUCGGCGGGGUCGGCGCGCGCCGCGCCCCCGCCGGCGCCCCCGUACUGCGCGCCCCCGCAGCCCGCGCCCGCCACAGACCUGCACAAGUCUAGCUCGGAGUCCACCGUGGGCGACAGGAAGCCGCCGGCCGGCGCGCGCAGCGCCGCCCUCGGCCGCAUGAGCACGCAGCCCAUCAACAUCCCCGGCUCCCCGCAGCGACAGAGCUCCUCCAGCACCACCGACGACGACGACAUGCUGCUCAUCGUGCCCGAGGGCAAGUCUCGGCACCCGGUGCGCCGCUCCAACUCCUCGCCUGAGAUGUCGUCCUCGUGGAAGGCCAGUGUGGCGGCCAGCGUGGCGGCCAGCGCGGCGGCCAGCGGGGCGGCCAGUGCGGCGGCCGACACGGCGGCGCCCGCGGCCGACCUGCCCGUGGACCCCGACGACAUGAUCCUGCUGCCCAGCUGCGAGCCGACGGCGCCGGGCGCGGUGGGCGGCGGCGGCGGCGGCCUGUCGCCGUCCUUCGUGUUCCUGCAGCUGUACCACAACAUGAGCACCUACCCCAUCACGCCGCCCGUGCCAGGCGAGACGCCGAGCAUCCUGAACCCGCUGGCGGAGCGGCCGCUGCGCGUGGCCGGCGUGCAGCACGAGCGGACCAUCAAGAACCUCGAUCUCGUGCCGCCCGUCGAGACCUACAAGAUCGGAGUGUUGUACGUGGGACCCGGACAACAAGACAACGAAGUUUUAAUAUUGAAAAAUGAAUACGGCAGUGUGAGAUACGCAGAGUUCCUGACGCAGCUGGGCACGCUGGUGCCGCUGGACGGCGCGGACGACCAGCCGCACCUGUUCCUCAACCUGGAGAAGGGCGGCAAGGACGGACACUACACCUACGUGUGGAACGAUGACAUCAUGCAGGUGCUGUUCCACGUGGCGACGGCCAUGCCUUCGUCGGCCAAGGACCCGACGUGCAACGAGAAGCGCAAGUACAUCGGCAACGACUACGUGUCCAUCGUGUACAAUGACUCCGGCGCAGACUUCAACAUACACACCAUCAAGGGCCAGUUGAACUUCUGCAUCGUAGUGGUGGAGCCAUACGAGCAUGGCAUGAACCGCGUCUUCGUGAAGACCAAGGACGAGCGCAUCCGCACCAAGUUCCUGGCGCACCACGACACGCACUGCGUCUCCGACUCCAACGUGGCGCUGCUCGCGCGCCAGAUGGCGCUGCACUGCGCGCUGGCGUCGCAGAUCUCGCAGUCGCUGAAGCUGGGCGGCGCGCCGUACGCGUCCAACUCGCUGGAGCGGCUGCGGCUGCUGAAGCGACUGCGCGUGCGCGCCGAGGCCGAGCGUCUGGCCGCCGCCGCGCGCCCGCCCGAGCCCUACGCCGGCCCGCCCGACCUGGCGCAUCGCGUCGCCAUCGACGACUUCAACGACUACACCUAGGCCGCCUGGCGCCCCGAGCGGCCCGACCUGGCGCCCCGCGUGGCCAUCGACGACUUCAACUACACUUAGGCCGCCUGGCGCCCCGAGCGUCCCGACCUGGCGCCCCGCGUGGCCAUCGACGACUUCAACUACACUUAGGCCGCCUGGCGCCCCGAGCGGCCCGACGUUGGCUCUAGUGACGCCGGUGUCUACGGUCCGGUGGAUGCGCCGCGCACUCUGCUUCGCGUGUCGCUCGACGACACGUUCGACUACUUUGCUUAUAUCUCGAUCAGUUUAUUUUUACACGAACCCUUACGUGAGAUGUGAUAGUAGAGUAACAAGUAAAUACGAUAUAGAAAUAUGAAGUAUAUAAUAAAGCUGACAGGUUUUCUACAAAUUGCUUCGCUUACGAGUUCCCGCGACUUUGAUGUAGUAGUUUUUAAAUACAUAGAAACAAUACGAGCCGCCUCCAGUGAAGUGGACGACUGCCGGGACCCCGUGUACUGCGGAACUGUUUAUGUUUCAUUCGAUUCUACUGAUAGGUACGUGUUGGUCUAGGUUGUACGUGGCUUAAAUAGUUUAAUUUCAUAUAUAAAUUUAGAUUUUGAACUGAAUAAUGUAAACGUUAAUGUUAAGGAUUUUGAAUAAGUAGGGUAAACCACCCAAUUAUUGGCACUUUAAGCAGCUUCUUCACAAAACCGGUAAAAUUUUCAUAUAAAAAUAUGUUUUAACAAAGACAAAAGCAUUCAUAUUGGUCUUCUAAUCUCUGCAGAAUAUUAUAAAGUACUUGUCAUUAAUAAAUUAUAUCGUUUUCUUUAAUAUAAUGUACUUUUAAAAAAAAUGCCUCAAACACCAGUUGCUGGCAUAGCCAAACCUUUUAUUGGCAGUGAUUAUUACCUAUUAUUGUCACUGUUCUCCCAAAACUGAAAAAUAGCUGCUAGGUCUUAUGUAGGGGUUUUAAAACGUAUUUUACAUCGUCUAUGUACCUAUUUUAAGAUAAUUCAUAAUAGAAAUAAACAAAAUAAAAUCCUUUGUUAAGAAAAGUAACAUUUAUUUGUAUAGGAACAUACCAUAUCAAUUGAAACGCUUAUAGUUAAAUCAACUUUACAUAAAGUAUUAAAACAAAACCAAAAAAACCUUCUACCUAGGCUUGAACAAAAAAUAGAACAAUUUUAGCUUAAGACUAUGUAACUUCCUUAAUUAUAUUUAAUUAAAUCACAGCUCUAAUUGGUUGAGAUCAUACAAGUAAGUAAUUCUUAAGUAACGUUAAUCAUCUGAAUCAGUCUCAGUCAACAUUUUUUCUAUCUCAGCAGCACUGUAAUUUUUGCUAGUACUUGCUUUUUGGUUUUCUUUGUUAAAAUUUUUAGGUAAAGCUUCCAAUUUGUCAUUGUCAAGUUUAUAGAAAUCUUCCGAAAACAAAAUUUUGGACACAUUGUCUUUGGCUUUAGUUUGUUUUUUGUUUUUCUUUACCAUUUUCUUCUCUUUUUCCAAUUUCUUUUGUUCUCUUUCUUCUUUUCUCUUUUUAACACCUUCUGCUUUCUCUUCUUUAAUUUUAAUUUUUUCAUUUUCCUGAGCUUUCCAUUCGGCAGAUGUUAGUACAAAAGGCGUCUUCUUGGUAUUUUUUAUCCCUUUUCUUUGUGGCGUUUUAGGAAGUACCAAAAUAUCUUGUAAUUUUACUAUAGUAUUGUCUUCCUUAACCAGUGGUGCUUUCAGUUGCAUAAAAUUAUUUUGAUCUGCACUUAUUUUGACAUCUCCAGUUACUCUGAUAGACGGUUUUUGGGGAGUUGAAUAUAUUGAUGAUUGCUGCUGACUGCUAACGGAUGCUUGGUAGAUAGAUGUUUGUUGAACAAAUGUUUGCUGUGUGGAUGGUUGUUUGUUGUUUGGUACGUAAGUGAGUGAUGGCUGUAAGAUCGAAGCAUGCUGUAAGGAAGUAGAGGCUUUUUGAGAGGAUACUUGCUCUAUGGAUUCUGGUUGAUUGAAUGCUUGUUGAGUGGGUGAAAGAUGAUUGUGUGAUUGUUGGCUAACUGUUUCUGGAAUACGUUCUUGAAGGGUUGAUAUAUCUUGUAUAAAAUAAUUUAAUUCAGAGCAUUGGACUAUUUCCUCAACAACAACAUCUUGAGAAACAAAAUCGAAACUUUGCUCAGCAACAUUUUUAUUUGGAGAGUUAUUGAUAAUUAUCUCCAUAUUUUCAACAUCAAAAUUCCCUAUAUUGUCAUUCUGACGCUCUGUGUCUAAUUUUGAGCUAUUAUGCAAAUCAUUUUGAAACGUGGUAAAGAAAUUCCAGAUUUUCAAUAAACAUUCACUUGACUCCUCGGGCCUCAAUUCUCUUUUAUCAAUUUUAUGUAUUGUACUUUCUCCCAACAACUUCGUAAAGUCAUCUUUCGUGAGCACCCGAUUGUCUGUUACAUGCUUGGGUUGCGCUAUGGUAAUGUUAUUUUUAUUUGAAGUUCCUAGGCACUUGGAAUAGUCCACUGCAUCUUCAUUAAAAGGACAAAGUCCAGUUGCUCUAAAGCCAUUUAUAAUUGUUGACGGGUUAAGACUUUUUUCUAUAGUAUCUUUAAGUAAUGGCACAAAUUGAGUUUUCGUUAACGCUUGAGAUGGAUUAUUUCUUCGCCAUUCUAGGACAGUUUUCUGCCAUUGUGUUUUUAAUGGUUUAAAUGCGGCGACGUCUGCAGGUUGAAGGAGUCUAGUGCAGUUAGGAUAUAACGCUAUGAGAAUUAUACCUAAAUUAGUACAUAAUUCACUGGUAGCAUACGUCAAGUGCGAUUUGUGGCCAUCUACAAAAAGAACUACAGGAAAUUGUGUGCCAGUUUUUAUGAGGUGAGGAUGUAAAACGUUUUUGAUAUACUCAAAAAAUACAUCGGAAUUCAUCCAUCCGUUGUCACUUAAGCCCACGCCCCAAUCUUCAGGAAUCUUAGAAGUUAUCUCGCCAGGUAAUCUUUUAUAUGGAAAAAUUACCAUUGGCGGAGUAACUUGACCAUCUGCACCAAAAGUAAACAUGACGGUUAGUGAAGUUUUAGCUUGGGCGUGGUCAAUUUCGUAUACGUUUUUUUCUCCCUUAGAGCUUAAAACAAUACCUGUUUUUGGACAUAGAACAAAAUUUGUUUCAUCGCCAUUGAAUACUCUUGAUGGAUCUGAUAAGAUGUCAUAGUAGCUAUUUUCAGUCAUGUAAAUCCUUAUUUGUUCAAACCAGCCUCUUACAUCAGAUGCAGAGACCGUGGAGCUGGCAGCUGUUACGGCUUCUGGUGUUCGAAAUGUAACUGUUGGAUGUCUAGCUAAAAACAAUUUAAACCACUUGUCACCAUUCCUAAAACUACUGGCUCUCCCCGAUUUAUUAAUAAAGUCUGAAACACUCUUUAUCAAAUCUUCUUUCCUCUUCGGAAACCCUUUUUUGCUACUGAUUUUUAUCCAGUCAACAAAAAGCUGUUCUUCUUCGUCAGUUAAAAUUGUGGGAGGACCGGGCUUAGAGCGAUGAUCAGGAUUUUUCAGUCUGAAUUGUACAGUAGACCGUGGUACGCUGAAGGUUUUUGCAGCAAGUUUUUUGCUCAUGCCUUUUGAUAUUUCGUGGAGAGCUUUUUGUAGGUUCUCUUCUGUAUAAAUUUUCCGUUUCAAACAUUUUUUACUAUUUUUUUCUCUAGACUUCUUCUGACUAGGCUUCAUUUUGAAAGUGGCUGAAAAGACAAUAUUUUAUUUUAUUGGCACGUUUUUACCCAAUGUUUGGCACCCGUGCCAAUAAAUGGAUUUUAUAUAAUUGGCAGGGGGGCAACUUUUGGAUUGGUGUAUCCAAAACGUUAGAAAAUAUUUUUAAUUUAAUUUAAACUCAAUUUUGAGAAAAACAAGGUAUAAUUUUUAAUAAACUCAAAUUAUUUAAAAUGCCCUUUUAUUGGCAUGUAUGCCAAUAAAAUGGAUAAACCAAUAUUACGCAUACCAAAUGUUGUCACCCCACAAAUAACUAAAAGUUGGCGGUUAAAUGAUAAAAUAAUGUUUUAAAAAGGCAGUUAAUAUAUUCAAUAAUAAGACAAAAUGAUUAUGUAUAAGAAAAACAAAAUAGAUUUUCAAGUUUUAAAAGAUUAUGAUAGCUCUUACCUUAGUAAAAAACGAAUAUUUUGAUUGUUUUUGUCGCACAGGUCGCGGCUUGUCAAACAGAUGGUAAAUGCGCCGCCAUGUUUGAAAAAAAAUAAAACGUGUGUUGCCAGUUGAGUAAUAAAUGAUACUACUGUUUAAUUUCUACUAAAAAAUUUUAGUCUGGCUACAAAUAGAUCUUAAUUUUCUUAAAAAACUAGAGCAUGCCAAUAAAUUGGUGGAGUGCCAAUGAUUGGGUGGUUUACCCUACAUGUUUUCACAAAAUAAUGAUGAGUUUGUCGUAGUGAGAAACGCGGUGCGGCCGGUAGUGACGUCACUGCCGGCCGCACCGCGCACGCGUCACUGGACCGUUACACAGUUGAGGCAUUUCUUGUUUUAUAUAUUUUAUGUAGCAAUUUAUUUCUUGACAAAACAUUUUGUAAUCAAAUAAAUGAUGGCUAUUU